CAUAGCCUUACCUUGCGUCUGACUGUAAAUUGAAGUUGAGCCCCCUGUUGAAAACGUACAGACUGCCGAACCAAUGACAGAGCGCCAUUGCGCAUUACGACCCAGCCCUCUCCUGAUUGGUUCGGCGCUGUGAACACGAGGUGUAUUAAAACACACAGCGUGACCACUGCUCCUCAUUCUCUCUGAUAUUCUGCCAGUGGAGACUACUACGCAACGACGAUGCCACCCAAAGCUAGCGGUAAAGCAGUGAAGAAGGCUGGAAAGGCCCAGAAAAAUAUUGCCAAGGGCGAUAAGAAGAAGAAGCGUAAGAGGAAGGAGAGCUACGCUAUCUACAUCUACAAAGUCUUGAAACAAGUUCAUCCCGAUACUGGAGUUUCAAGCAAAGCCAUGAGCAUCAUGAACUCUUUUGUCAACGACAUCUUCGAAAGAAUUGCUGCUGAAGCUUCCCGAUUGGCUCAUUACAAUAAACGCUCCACCAUCACAUCUCGGGAGAUUCAGACCGCUGUUCGUCUCCUGCUCCCCGGAGAGCUGGCUAAACACGCUGUUUCUGAAGGCACCAAGGCAGUUACCAAAUACACCAGCUCUAAAUAAAUUACGAUUAUUAAUCGUAAGAACUUAAUCGGCCCUUUUCAGGGCCAUCAAUUUUCUCAAACGUAGUUCUCACAUUCGUGACAUUUUUAUAAGUUACGUUUUACAUAACAUUACUAAUUGAAAAAAUAUUCUAUGUUUCAAUUACAUUCUUUAAUAAAUAUUCAUUCUUUAGAUUAAAUUUUAUUGGACGGAAAAAAUUGUAAAUUUAAAAAAACCAUUGAUUUAAAACAUUUUUUUUUUUUUCGUUUUUUGUUUGAUAUCUUGUUUGUUUUACCUGCUGAUUUCAAGUACUUUCACAUAAAAUGAAAACGUUGUAACUGAAUAUAAUGGUUUUUAAUUUUUGACUUAUACAUUAUUCUGAUUUACUUAAGUAGCCCUAUUAAUAGGAGCAAAUUAGAGUAUCAAAAUGAUUUGCCGUGAAAAAUUCCAAGAAUUUUUUCGUCACUAGAGCAGUUAAUUUCAUGAAUGUUAUAAAUGCGUGUUUAUUAGUUGUUUCGUAAUGAUUCAGUAGUUUGUUAUUUACGCUACUGCAACAUGAAAAUGCAUUCUCAUAACCGAAGGUGAAAAAGAAAAAUAAUGAAGUGAUAAUUUCAUUGAAAAAUUAGCAAAUAGAAUUAUCUUCGUUG